CAGUGCUGUGUGUUACUGACUCAUUACAACCCAUUGAAGGACAGUUCUCGAGCCUCCGCCCAGAGCGCAGACAGCGGAGAGAUUGUGCUGGAGCUCAGCGGAGGCUGCAGGAAUGACGGACAAUAUUCCUUUACAACCCGUGAGACGCCACAAAAGACAUGACAGUAAACACAGGAAUGGGUGCUGCCCGGUGUCUGGGUGCUGUGGCAUGGGAGACCUCCGCCCCCGCACCGUGUGGCUCGGCCACCCAGAGAAACGGGACCAGCGAUACCCCAGGAACGUCAUUAACAACCAGAAGUACAACUUCUUCACCUUCCUGCCCGGGGUUCUAUACAAUCAAUUCAAGUACUUCUUCAAUUUAUACUUUCUGCUAUUGGCCUGCUCUCAGUUUGUGGACGAACUGCGACUUGGGGCUCUCUAUACCUACUGGGUUCCUUUGCUAGUGGUGUUGUUCAUCACGAUCGGGAGAGAGGCGGUGGAAGAGAUCCGGUGUUCUAUUAGGGACAAGGAAGUCAACUCCCAUAUUUAUUCCAAGCUUUUGCCAAGGGGCACGGUGAAAGUUAAAAGCAGUGGAAUUCAAGUGGGGGACCUUAUCAUGGUGGAGAAGAACCAGCGUGUUCCUGCCGACAUGAUCUUUUUAAGGACCACAGAAAGAAAUGGCUCCUGUUUCCUGCGGACCGACCAGUUGGAUGGAGAGACUGACUGGAAGCUACGCCUCCCAGUGGCCUGCACACAGCGACUCCCCACUGCUGCUGAUCUUCUUCAAAUCAGAUCGUACGUAUAUGCAGAGGAACCCAACAUAGACAUCCACACCUUUAACGGCACUUUCACAAGGGAAGACGGAGACCCCCCUGUCAAUGAGAGCCUGAGCAUCGAGAACACCCUGUGGGCGAGCACUGUGAUUGCCUCUGGUUCUAUAGUGGGGGUGGUCAUUUACACGGGCAAGGAGCUGCGAGGGGUCAUGAACACGUCCAACCCUAAGAACAAGAUGGGAUUGUUUGACCUGGAAGUGAACUGUUUGACCAAGAUCCUGUUUGGGGCGCUGGUGGUGGUGUCACUUGUCAUGGUGGCCCUGCAACACUUUGCAGGACGCUGGUAUCUCCAGAUCUUUCGCUUCCUGCUCCUAUUCUCCAACAUCGUACCCAUCAGUCUGCGUGUCAACCUGGAUUUGGGAAAGAUGGUCUUCAGCUGGAUGAUCAACAGAGACUCCAAGAUCCCGGGCACGGUGGUGAGGGCCAGCACCAUACCAGAGGAGCUGGGCCGCAUCUCAUACCUGCUCACCGACAAGACCGGGACUCUUACCCAGAAUGAGAUGGUGUUCAGGCGACUCCACCUGGGAACCGUAGCCUAUGGGAUGGACUCCAUGGACGAGGUCCAGAGCCAUGUGUUCAGCGCAUACACACAGCCCCCCCACGACCCUCCACUGUCUAGGGCUCCGGCGGCCACCAAGGUCCGCAAGACCAUCAGCAGCAGGGUGCACGAGGCGGUGAAGGCCAUCGCGCUGGUGCACAACGUCACCCCGGUGUACGAGGCCAACGGCGUCACGGACCAGGCCGAGGCGGAGCAGCACUACGAGGACACCUGCAGGGUCUACCAGGCCGCCAGCCCCGACGAGGUGUCUUUGGUGCAGUGGACAGAGAGUGUGGGCCUGACUCUGGUGGGAAGGGACCAAUCAUCCAUGCAACUGCGGACCCCUAGUGGCCAAAUACUGAACUUCACCAUCCUCCAGAUUUUCCCUUUCACCUAUGAGAGCAAGAGGAUGGGAAUCAUUGUUCGGGAUGAGUCGACGGGAGAGAUCACGUUCUACAUGAAGGGAGCGGACGCAGUGAUGGCCGGGAUCGUUCAGUACAACGAUUGGCUGGAAGAGGAGUGUGGAAACAUGGCCCGGGAAGGCCUGCGGGUCCUGGUGGUCUCCAAGAAGUCUCUCACGGAGGAGCAGUACCAGGACUUUGAGGCGCGGUACGUCCAGGCCAAACUCAGCGUCCACGACCGCUCCCUGAAGGUUGCCACGGUGAUCGAGAGCCUGGAGAUGGAGAUGGAGCUGCUGUGUCUGACAGGCGUGGAGGAUCAGCUCCAGACCGACGUCAGGCCCACCCUGGAGAUCCUCCGCAACGCAGGCAUCAAGGUGUGGAUGCUCACGGGAGACAAGAUGGAGACGGCCACCUGCACCGCCAAGAACGCCCACCUGGUCACGCGCAACCAGGACAUACACAUCUUCAGAGCCGUCACAACACGAGGGGAAGCCCACCUGGAGCUUAACUCCUUCAGAAGGAAACACGAUUGUGCUCUGGUGAUAUCAGGGGACUCACUAGAGGUGUGUCUGAAGUACUACGAGUAUGAGUUCAUGGAGCUGGCGUGCCAGAGCCCCGCGGUGGUGUGCUGCCGCUGUGCCCCCACGCAGAAGGCCCAGAUCGUCCGGCUGCUGCAGGAACGCACCGGCAAGCUCACCUGUGCCGUGGGGGACGGAGGAAACGAUGUCAGCAUGAUCCAGGAAGCCGACUGUGGCGUGGGAGUGGAGGGAAAAGAAGGUAAGCAGGCCUCGCUGGCUGCAGACUUCUCCGUGACUCAGUUCAAGCACCUGGGCCGGCUGCUCAUGGUCCACGGCCGCAACAGCUACAAGAGGUCAGCCGCCCUCAGCCAGUUUGUGAUCCACAGGAGCCUCUGCAUCAGCACCAUGCAGGCCGUCUUCUCGUCUGUGUUCUACUUUGCCUCUGUCCCGCUCUACCAAGGAUUCCUAAUCGUCGGCUACUCCACCAUCUACACCAUGUUCCCCGUGUUCUCCCUGGUGUUGGACAAGGAUGUGAAGUCUGAGGUGGCCAUGCUCUACCCGGAGUUAUACAAAGAUCUGCUGAAGGGCCGACCGCUUUCCUUCAAAACAUUCCUAAUAUGGGUGCUAAUAAGCAUCUACCAAGGCAGCAUAAUAAUGUACGGCGCCAUGCUGCUGUUUGAGUCUGAGUUCGUCCACAUCGUGGCCAUCUCCUUCACCUCGCUCAUCCUCACGGAGCUGCUCAUGGUGGCUCUAACCGUCCAGACCUGGCACUGGCUGAUGAUGGUGGCCGAGCUGCUGAGUCUGUCCUGCUAUGUGGCCUCGCUCGUCUUUCUCCACGACUACAUCGACGUGUAUUUCAUCGCCACGGUGUCGUUCCUGUGGAAGGUGACGGUCAUCACCCUGGUGAGCUGCCUGCCGCUCUACAUCCUCAAGUACCUGCGGCGGCGCUUCUCUCCGCCCAGCUACUCCAAGCUCACCUCCUAGAGGAGGAGCCCCGCCCUCACACUCACCCCCCCCCCUCCCCCUAACGCCCCCCUAACGCCCGCCUGCCGCCAGCCUCCCGCCGGGCUCGUUUACACCGGGAGGGAGCAGCAACGCGGCCCGGCCCGCGCUUCAGGGGAGGGCCAGGGGGAGGAGGAGCCCUGCAUCCCCCCCCCCCCCCCCUUUAUUAAUAUUAAUUUAUUCAUUCAUGUAUUGUUUAUCUCCGGUUGAACCGAUCCCUCCGGUGCACAUCCGCAAGGAAAGAAAAAGAAGAUCAACGAUUUGUUUGGAUGUUUUUUUUUGUUGUUGUUGUUGUUGUUGCUGAAUGGGAAAGUGAGUCGUGAUUGUUUUGGAUGUGUUUUUACUGGUGGUUGACACUGGUGUUUUUAUGCUGCAUGAGUGUGAUGCAUAGCCUAUGGGAUAGGCCUCAUCGUGGUACAACACCCACAGAGCUCCGUACACUGGAAGAUGUCAAUAGAAUAACUUACUAAUACUAACACACAAGCAUCGGGCGGUAAAUGCUGACAGACGUCUCGUAAUCUGCAUUAUUAAAAACCCUAGUUGGAAAUGUAUGAGAAAGACGCGUUAUGUGAGUGAAUCAUGAGGCUAGCUCUUCCCCUCGUUCUGCCGAGGUGUAGCCAGGUGGGUUUAUGGGGGCUGUAAGGAUCUUUUAGAGUCAUAUCUAAAGCGAAACCAUAAAGAGGGAAGGCUUAUUUCAGCCCAAGCCGGUCAUAUAUUCUCAGGACCCGAUUCACACUAUCCCUUAACCAUGCGCUAUAAAUGGCUACUGAUAAUUAUACGCUGAAACAUUUUCACUGAGCAUGGAACGUGUUGAUGCGUUCGUUGUGUACUUGUUUGUGCGUCAUUUCCUGCUACUCAACCUCAACAUGAUGGAGGCGGUGUGGUUGUUUACUUGGAGUGACCCCUGGUCUCUGAUGUUAAACCAGCCCCAUGUCUUGUGUUUAAGGAACAUGGUCGGCCAAGAGAAAAGUUCACUGCGGCCCGUCGUGGCUCCUUACUGGCGGUGUGUACAAGCCAUGCUCGCUCUUCCUCUCUCCCUCUCUUUCACACACACACACACACACACACACAGGGGGGGGAGCUAUAGAUGUACAAGCAGGGAUACUUGACCUCCUAUGUGUCCACUUCUAGAAGCUAACACUGGCCAUGGUUUAGCUCUGCAUGAUGACUCACUCCGAUGCACUGACCCAAAGCUAAAUCCAGCGGCCCUCUUGUCUGGUUCUAUUGACCACGACCAAACGGCCUAAAGGCCAAAGCUAAAGCUAACCCCCAUGAAUUGUCCUGAGUCAUAUAUGAUUGGGAUGGAUUCAAAAAACCUUAGCUAAGUAAAUCUUCACUUUAGAAUUAGUACACAUUCUCAAUUACUGAGACCUCUCUCAUCUUCCUCUGAGGAAUUAAUUAUACUUGCCGCAAAUGAAGCAAAUGGUUAUAAUGGUUUUGCUUGUUUUUCACCUUGUGUAAGUGUGUUUGUGGACCGUUUUACAGAUAUCAUGAUGAAAUGGUGACUGUGCUCAUGAUGGUAACCUGUAGAAAACCAGGAGGAAAAAAUAAGCUACUAGGUGCCAUCCGUACUGAUUUAUUGGGCAUAUUUGAAUAAAUAUAAAAGUUUAAACCCAUUUAAUUUGCAACUUUUUGCACAACCUUUAUAAUGAUUACACAUUUUUGUUAUAGGGACAUUGUAAAUGGAUGAUGAAUGGAGGUUAAUUAACACGUGUUUUAUUAAGCCAUGAUUAAUGUGAUCGUGCUUGUAAAUAACUAUUUUUGAUUAAGCAUUUUUUUGUUUUAAUUAUAUUAACUUAUCUCUCGAGAAAUGAAAGAAAAAAAAGAAGAACUGAGUGGAUAAUGUUAUGAUGAUGAAUAAAAUCUUAUGUUUUCUUUU